AUGCCUCGUGGUCAUAAGAGUAAGCUCCGCGCCCGCGAGAAACGUCGCCAGGCCCAAGGGGGCCUCCCCAGAGCUCCCCUGCUGCUCGCACUCCCCAGGGGUCUCAGAAAGCCCCAGCCACCACCACUGCUGCUGCAGGUGUUUCGGGCCGAAGAGCUCCUAGAGGGGCCGAGGGCCAAGUUUCUGCUGUCAAAGUAUAAAAUGCAAGAGCGCAUUACGAAGGGAAAAAUGAUGAAGAUCAUCAACCAAAGGUACAAAGAGCACUUCCCUGAGAUCCUGAGGAGAACCUCUGAGUACAUAGAGCUGGCCUUUGGCCUUGACGUGAAGGAAGCUGACUCCAAAGGUCAAUCCUAUGCCCUUGUCAGCAAGCUGGAGAUCACCGAGGAAGAGAAUCUGAGUGGCGGCAGGGGGUUUCCCAAGACCGGGCUUCUGAUGCCUCUCCUGGCCAUGAUCUCCAUGAAUGGCAACCGGGCCACCGAGGAAAAGAUGUGGGAAUUCCUGAAUAUGGUUGGGAUGUACGAUGGGAAGACGCACUUCAUCUUUGGGGAGCCCCGGAAGCUCAUCACCAAAGAUUUGGUGCAGGCAGAGUACCUGGAGUACCGGCAGGUGCCCAACAGUGAUCCUCCAUGCUACGAAUUCCUGUGGGGUCCCAGAGCCCAAGCUGAAGCCAGCAAGACAAAAGUCCUGGAGUUUCUGGCCAAGGUCAAAGAUACCAACUCCAGUGCCUUCCAAGCCCUGUAUAAAUAAACUUGGAGAGAUGAGGGAGACAGCCGCAAGCAGAGAAUGGGCCAGGGCUAGUGUCAGGGCAAGUCCAGCCAGUCCUCCCAUCCCUAGUGAAGUCUGAUGCAGAGUCUUCACUUUGUUGUUGAAAAUGGCUGUUAACCUUCUAAGUAGCAGAGGCAACAUGGGGCUGGAGGGAGCACAUGUAUGUCUUCUUUUAUUCCCGUUACACUUGAGUGACCUGAAGAUUUAGCUCAUUUUUU